AGAUCUAGUGGAAAUUGCCUUUUGAGUGACAUCUCACAUGACCUCCAAUUCCAAACACGCCAGGAAGAGUUUGUGCCUGACAGUCGAGGCGCUGAGGAGGCCCAGACAUGCAGGUGAUUAUAUCAUGGCUACAGGGCCAGCCGAGGUCAUACAGACGUCUGAGGCAGGGCAGACAACUGAAGAAUGCACAGGAAAGAAAAAAUCCAAAUUUCAGACGUUCAAAAACUUCUUUGCCAAGAAGAAAAGGAAGGAGCCUCCUGCUCCCAGGGGGGAAAGUAAUUUGAAACCGAGCCAGUCCAGCAGCGAUGUCAGCAUCUCUGCGCUAGACACCGCUGCCCUUCACUCCCCAGCUGAGGCCGGAUCCAAAGGAAGCCUGGGAAACAAAGCCCUGUCCCAUGACAGUGUCUUCAUUUUUGAAUCGGCACCAGAAAAUGCAGCUGGUGAUGCAUCGUCUCAGGAGAACAUCCCCGGAAGAGUGAAGACCUUGCAGCUCCAGUUACAACAGAACAUCAGACUUGGAUCUCCUCCUCUUGUUAUAACCAGCAGGAAAGUGGAAGACCCAGGUGCUGUUUCAGAAGAUGACGGAUUACCUAGAAGCCCUCCAGAAAUUUCCACUCUUCACGAAGUUCUAACGGGUUCGCCAAGCAAGUCCUCCAACCCCGUUCAGCGCCAUAGCUCUUUGAGUUUAGGUGGAACAGACAGUGAAGAUGAACAGAUCCCCUCUGAAGCUCCCUCUGCAGUCCUUGCCAAUCCAGCCUCCCAAGCCAGCAACAUGCUUCCUGUCGACUUCAGCACUCCUGCCAGUCCCGUGGGCUGUCUGGAUACUUCCGCAGCCAAGCACAGGAUUGCACUAAACCCACGGAAACAGAGAGUCUUCACUAGUAAGAACCAGCAAAUCCUGGUAGAGCAACUGGAAAAUGAGUCGAGCUCUCCUGAAGCUGGAGAAAAGAAGAAAAGUUUGGCAAAAUUACUUGACAGUGACCAGCAGGAAACUAACUGGGAAGGUAAUGCCUAAUCUGAAGAGAGAAAUGUAAAGGGGAGUAGUGCUAAGGAGCUACCAACCAUAACAAAGGCUACUGAUGUUGCAGAUCACUCCUGGAGUUCCCUCCCAAUGGCAGAAGUAUUUUGUACUGUGCUGCAAGAAGAUUCAUGCUUUACAGAAGCAGACCAUCACUGUAAAGUAUCUGCAUCCUGUCCGAAGGUUCAACCUUCUCUAGUGAAGGCUGAGGAAGAGACCAAAGCAGAGGAGGAAUCAGGAUCUUGCUGCUUUGAGGAAUCUAUUGGUGAAUUCAAAUUACAUCAGCAAAAUACUGAUCCAGAAGAAAUUGAACCCUCUGGUUCCCUACAGGCUGAAACAGAAGCAGCUGUCUUUCUGGACACGUUAACAUCAGAUUUGGGUAGCCACUGCAUGGAAAAGGAGGCUGUAAAUGCAGUGGAAGAUGCCAUCCAGGGAUCUGUAACAAACCUUAUGGACCAAAGUGACAAAGAGUCUGAAGAUCUGGGUCUGAUGCUUGGAGGUAAAGCUGAAGAUCAUCCAUGUACUACUGAGAGCAGUUUCAUCCAGCCCAACCCAGAUCCUGCUCUGUGUAUAUCCCAGGUUCAUUUAGCCAUUUUGGAGGCUUCUGCUGAGAGGGAGAAGAUGGCCGUUUCCAUGCUUGAAGACACAUUGGCACCAAAAGAUGUUAAAGAAACAUGCAAAUUUAUAGAAUUUAAACCACCCACAGACCACAUAGAAACAGAAAAAAGCUCAUCUGUGUCCAUCUCAGAUGUAGACUGCAUGCUGCCUCAGAGCAAAGCAAGCAAAGAAUUACCUGCCAAAACGCCUUGUCCUGUUUCAAAGAUUAGUCAGGGCAAUCAGCAGACGGGUGCAUCUGACAAUUUGGAAAAACCUUCCGUCGGCUGCCUUGCCUCCUCAAGUCUGGCAGGUUUCAAGAGUUAUUUCCCUUCUAAUGGUGAUGUUAAGGAGAACCAGUCAGGCAACAUCACUUCUCAAAAGAAAAGAAAGAAAGAAAGCAAAUCCUCAGACAGUGUGAAGACUCCACUCAAAUCUGCUGCUACUAAGCCAGUUCGAUUCACCAUUGCUCCCGCCUGGCAAAGAUCUCUUUCAGGGGGGUCCAGUUCCAAGGAAGAUUCCUGCGCUAGAAGCUCCCCAACAUCACCCAUACGCCCAGAGUUCUUUGAAGGAACGGCAAAAGAACAUGCUUACUUCGACGCAGCCAUGCAAGAGCCUAUCAAGAACAGCCCAGAAGGCUUUGAUAAGGGCAGCGAAUGCGGUUUGAACUCCUGCAUGGAGUGGGCAGAAAAUGUUGAAAGCCCAUUUGGAGUCAGACUGAGAAGAACAUCAUCCUUACUCAAGUAUCACAGCGAUGCACAUAAUGAGUCCCCGAAGCUGAUUCCAUCAACGACUCAGGUUCUCGCACCUGCUUCUCUCAAGGAGGAUCACAAAGUGGUUGGCACUGGAAAGCCAUCUCAGGGCCUGCCAAGCAGCACAAAAUCAUUAGCUAAAAAAUCUGAUCUCCCAGAAGGAAAAAGUCCUCCUAGAAGCAAACCUGAAGAAGUGACAAAGAAGCAGCAUGGCAGCAAAUCUUCAGAAAAAGUCCCUGGUCCACACUUGGAAACUACUUCUUCUGAACCAGCCUGGGUGUCUAUGGCAAAACUAAAGCAGAAAGGUUUCCAGGGCCAUCCUUUUGCCAAAGGACAUAAAGUUGAGGACAGACCUUUGACUAAAAUGGAUCAAGAAGAGCAAGUGACCUGUGCUAGUGACAACUUAUUGAGGAAGAGCGCAGCCCCCGGCCUGUGCCCUCAGGAGAAGAAAUCACAGAUGAAGAUCACGUCUGCUGCAGCAGCAGGUGCAGUUGGAUCUGCUGCUCAGGAAGCAUCUGGGGCUCCCACUGCUGAAAAGGAAACAAGACAGUCCUCUAACCUGCCAAUGACACCGUGCAGCCCUGUUGAACCCCCCUGGCUGUCCCUGGCCAAGAAAAAAGCUAAAGCUUGGAGUGAAAUGCCCCAGAUUGUACAAUAGCAAACAAGUUCAGCUUUACCAAUAGCUGUAUUGAUCCCACCCAGUAACUUCUUCACUGUGGCCGACUUUUUUGAGGAUGAAAUAAGAGCCUUGGAAUUUUCAGCCGGUAAUUGUAAAUACGUGAAGAUGACCUGCCAUUGAAGGGGUAGCCGCCAGCAUAAGGAGACCCAGCACUCCCCACGUCUAAAUUCAGCUAGGAAAUUCUGGCUGAUCGCUACAUACUUACGACACAUUUGACAAAGAGAUAGGGACGCUGCAAGAAAAGGCAUUUUGGGACAUUGAUGCAUUUCCAUUCAAAAACAUAUUUGUGCAGUAUUUGGCCUGAUUUUCCUUUGACUAGUGUUAGGGAAAGCCUUCACAACUGUGCACUGGAGCAUCUAGACUGGCUGUCGCUGAUGUUGCGAUGAUUUCCACUCUAACGUUGGGAUGGGGCAGAUCUGCCCACACUCUUGGCUUGCAUUGUAUCCAUUUCAUAAUGGCCAUAAGCAUAAAGGUGGGGUUAGCGGACUCUUGAUUUGCAGGCAGCUAGAGGCACUUGGACGUGAGCAUCCAACUGCACAAAGUACCACCUGCGGAAGUGGCCCAGACCUGCACGCCCUCUUGCGUUUUAUUUCUCAAGGAUUAGAAAAACGCUAUCUCCUUUAUGGGCCAGAUUCUGCUCUGGUGACACCUUUGUAAAUCUGGAGCAAUGUCCCUGGACACUGUGUGUAAACCUAUUACCAGCGAUAACCUCCUUAGUUUUAAUUUCUGCUCUCUAGAGAUUUCUUCCCCCAAACUAUCUUAGCAAGAGGUCCAUCGUGAAGGGAGUGGUGGGGAGGGAGGAGACCACUGGGUUCUCACUGGAAGGACGCCUGCCUAGAGCAAAGAGCAGCCCACUCUGCAUUUGAGGAGCUUUGUGGUUUACACGGUCACAUUUACGGUUAGAAACAAAGCCUGUUUUCCCUUCGCUCCUCAGCUCGGAACUGAAGUUAAACAUUAGGAAAGUCCAGCUACAAGCAGCCCAGCUGGCUGUCACUGAAGUCUGUAGCAGUCUCACCAUUGAUGUUCGCAGAAGCUUUGCAAAAUUACGUUCCUAGUGGUGACAGCAUUGUGACAGCUGAAAAACGCCCACCUGCCCUUUCUCCUCGCUGUAGCCUUGCACAUUAUAAGACAUCUUCUGUUUACAAGCAGUACAAACAGGGGGGCCUGGCUUGGCUGGUGGAGUGUCUUUAGCAAAAAGCUGCCUAGUGGCUCUUCCGUUUUAACUCAACAGCAUGCUGUCAGGUGAUAGGUGUGACUGCGAAAGGCCAAAUUUGAUCUCAGAGCAGCUCAUUACCAGAAUUUCUACCUCCUAGUUCUGGCCUGAGCUUAAAUCCAUAACUAAAUCUGUAUCCAGUGUUAAGGGCUAGAUUUUUAGAGACGUAUUCACGCGGAUGAAUGCUUACUCUCACAAACCCUCCCGCUGAAGCUAAUGGAUCCGUUCAUGUGAGUAAAACCACUGGAAAGAAUACGAGUAUUUCCGUCAGCUCGGUCAUUUGGGCCCGUUUUACCACACGUGUCUCUCUCUUCUGAGACCUGAAUCUUCCCUUGCAAAGAACUGAAGCACUUGUGUUCCUUUGAGUAUUAUGUAAAAGAACAAACUCGGCGCCAUGUCCUGCACUUUUGGAGAGCUGAUGUCACAACCACGGGUUUGCUUGUCCCUCUGUAAAAUAGGCACUUUUCUAUUUUUUGCAAUUCCUUUUUCACUUUUGACUAGUCUGGAUUGCAAUCCCUCACCUUAACUACUGCAAGCCAUACCAGGAUCUCUCUUCCCCUGUUGCUUUCACCUUCAGUGUUGUCUUUCUCUUCUCUAAUGUAUGGUAUGUAUAUAUGUUUUUGUAAUCCUUGCCUUGAGCUUCCUUUUGUAUUCCAUCUCCAUAUUUGGUUUACUAUUAAAUGCUAUUGUCAUAAUG